UGAGGGCUGGCGGCCGGUGCCCGCCAUCGCCUCAGGGAUCAGCCGGGGGAGGCGUGGAGGCGGCGGGGCCAGCGUCCCUCCGCCGCCCGCCCGCAGGGGGCGGCCGCCCGGCCGCACAGCCCCGGCAUGGCGGCGGCGGGGGAGGCGGGCGAGGCGGAGCUGGGCCUGCUGGAGUGCCGGGUGUGCUUCGAGCCCUACGGCCCCGGCGGGCAGCGGCGGCCCCGCAACCUGCCCUGCGGCCACGUCCUCUGCCGAGGCUGCCUGAGCGCCCUGGGCGGCCGGGGCCGGCUGGAGUGCCCGUUCUGCCGGCGGGUCUGCGGGCCCGCGGACACCAGCGACUGCCUGCCGCUGCUGCAGCUGCUCGAGGUGCUGGGCCCGGCUUGUGGCAUCCUCCCGGCUGCCAGCAGCGGGGCCCCGGCGCUGCGGCUGGCCCUGGGCGGCUGGGGAGCUCUGGUCAACCCCACGGGGGUGGCGGCGUGCCCCAAGUCCGGGCGCUUGGCGGUGGCCCACGAUGGCAAGAAGAGGAUCCACGUCUAUGGGCCCAGCGGGUCCUGCCUGCAGCGCUUCGGGGAGCGCGGCGAGGCAGGGCUGGACGUCAAGUACCCGCUGGACGUGGCCGUCACGGCCGACGGGCACGUGGUGGUCAGCGACGGCGGGGACCGGGCGGUGAAGGCUUUCGACUGGGAGGGACAGUGGGUGCUGGCCGUGCGAGAGGGCUUCUGCCUGCCCUGGGGCUUGGACACCACCCCGGAGAGCGACGUGAUCCUGGCGGAUGCGGAGGCAGGGGGUGCUGUACCGCCUGACCCGACUUACGGGAAGGGCGAGCUGAAGAAGUGCCAGGUGCUGCGGGCCAAGUUAAGCAGCCCCAGAGCGGUGGCGGUCUGCCGGAGCUCGGGGGCGGUGGUGGUGGUGGAGCACCUGAAGGCCAGGGGGCCCAAGGGCAGCAGCACCCGGAUAAAGAUAUUCAGCGCGGACAUGGAUCUGGUGGGACAGAUGGAUAGCUUUGGCCUCAACCUCUUCUUCCCCUCCAAAAUAUACACCACGGCCGUGGCCUUCGACAAAGAGGGCCGCAUCGUAGUGACAGAUGUCUGUAGCCAGGCCGUGAUCUGCUUAGGGAAGCCUGGGGAGUUUCCCAUCUUCAACCCUCUAAUUAGCCACGGGCUUUCGUACCCCAUAGGACUGACUUACACGGCAGACAAUUCCCUUGUGGUGUUAGACAGUGGUGAUCACACGGUAAAAAUAUAUAGCUCCACCUGAAUGGGCCUAGGUUUAUAGGGCUGUAUCUGCUUUUGGCCACAAAGCAAGCAAAGUCCUGGUCUUAUAGGUGUGUAGGGAGGGGGUAUUUUCUGGGCUUGACUUGAAGUGAAAGUUACCCUCUUUAACCAGCACGCUCUGCUUCCCGCGUAACUCGCAUCAGAUCCUUGCCUACCCACAGGAGACAACCUGGCUGCUGCAGGCCAGUCAACAGCAAAUCAACCAAGCGAUUUGGCAUUUAAAAACUACUCCAUGCCUUGACAAACAAAUAUUCAUACUACUUUUUGCGAAGUAAUAGCAGUGUCUGGAAUGGAGUAAUCCAGGACUUGCAGCUGAGAGAGAGAAGGAUGCAUCUUUUGGUUACUGUCAUCAGCAUCUUGUCUUCAUUAUUCUUUGUUAAGUGUGAGAGUGACAGAGUGGUUUCUGUAGGAUUUCUGCAUGAGAAAGGAGACUGACUGGAUGAACUGGUGGAGAAAUGGCAGAUUCGGCUCAGGGUCAUUUGAUCCAGCCAAGGUGAAUUGCAAUAUAGGAGCUAUCAGCAAUUAGUGAGUUAUAUGAUGUGGAUUGGUGCUCAAAACUUUUUUUUUCUCCAUAUUGGGGAAAUGCACUUCUGGAUGCACUUUUCUUCAUAUUUAUUACCGCCUUUAUUAGAGUUGUGCAGAAGCAGUUGCACUUCCUAUAUAAUGCAUGAGCCUGUGUCUUCAUCCAGAUGUAGCCUUGUGCAUGGGCAGCUUUCCCCAGCAGCCUCUCCAAGUAUUGGUGUUUAGACCACAGGUACUUCUGCACAUACAAAAUUGAAUUGGCUGUGUUACUAACACGGGUACUCUUGGGAGAUUUCCAACACUACCUGCAUCGGUCUCGUAAUUAAUUUAGUACUUUUGCACCGAUCUUCAAGAUUCAGUCAAAAAUUGAAAUGGUGUUGAGGAGUAAAAACAGGGAAAGGGGAAUGUGAGACUUGCUUUUUCAGAGCUUCCAAAGGAGGUAUUCUUGAUAGCGAAGUACACAGCAGGUUUAGGUCAUUUUAUAUUAUCCUGAAAGCAGUUUCACUGUGGACAUGAGUUCUGUUGCCUUAUUGCACCAUGGAAAUUGAGUUAUAACUGGAAUUACUUUGAGAAGGAUUUAACACACCCACUAGAAGUCACUGCUGCAUUUUUAGGCAUUUCUGCUCCUAAAGGAAUUGUUUAGGUGGUUCAGCUCUAAAAGGAGGUUAGAUAUAAAUGUAAAUGCUUUAUGAGGUAGAAACAAGUAGAUCAGAAUUGCAUAAAACUUCUUGGUCAUGUAUGUAGUGACUGAAAGCAUGCAUAUUAACUAAAGGACACUUGAAAUUCACAGGUAGUCUUUCUAUUUUCAUCUGGCUUUUGGUCUGGCUUCCUCGGCAGUUAGUAACUGCAUGUAUUGCUGUACCAGGGAUAUUCCAAAUAUUUCAAACUGAAGCAUUUUUAGCCCUCUAAUUCAGACAAUGUAUUAAUCUGUCCUCAUGUUACCAGUUUAUAAAAGAGAGCAAACAAAACUAUUAAAUGCAGCUAUUUGUAAAGGCUGAUUGAAUCAGUGACCUGCCAAUAAAGCGUGAUUUGCUUACUCCUA